UAUUCGAGAGUUGCGAUUGUGAAGAAUGAUAAACCAGAGGUCAUCGCAAAUGCUCAAGGCGCUCAUUCUACUCCGUCUGUUGUAGCCUUUAAUGAGAACGAGACAUUAGUGGGUGAAGUAGCGUACAAUUUUGGAACGAAGAAUCCUACAAAUACUGUCUUCGAUGCCAAGAGGUUUCUGGGACGAAAUCAGGAUGAUGAGGUUUUGUCGUCAGAGGGGAAGCGAUGGCGUUUCAAUGUCAUGUACAAAGAGCAGAAGCCAGUUUUCCAGGUGCCGUACAACGGAUCCCCCACAAACUUCACCCCAGAGCAGAUUUGUGGUCAAAUCUUUGCGAACCUGAAGUCUACAGCAGAAGCGUACAUGCAUACCAACAUCAGGAAUGCAGUGCUUUGCUGUCCAGCUCAUUUCACGUCACAACAAAGGGAGGAGUUGAUACAUUCUGCAUGUGACGCCAACCUCUCAGUCCUGUUGGUAAUUAGCAAACCUAUCGCAACUGCUAUCGCAUACGAUCUCGAUAAAAAUGACUCGGGUCAGCAAACAAUCCUAAUUUUCAGUAUGGGUGCAAGAUCGUGUGAAGUGGUGGUUCUUGAUGUAAAUACGGGAUGCUUUCAAGAGCGGAGUGUGAAAGUAGAUCAUUCUCUUGGAGGCGACGCGAUCGACGACAUACUUGUGGACUGGUUUGUCGAUCAAUUCAAGAGGAAGCACAAGCUCGAUCCAUCCGAGAGCCAUAGAUCACUCUUCAAGAUUAGAUCGGGAUGUGAAAAUGCAAAGCGACAACUUAGUCAGACGGCCAGCACUCGCGUAGAGGUCGAGUCUGCGCAUGAAGGUCUAGACUUCUCUCAGAACUUGUCAAGGGCAAAGUUUGAAGAAAUGGUAAGCGUCAUAUCUGCUGUUGUUCAACUUCUCAGGUCUGUGUACAGCGCAGGAAGCAUAAACAAAGUCUUGAUGGCUGGUGGCUGCUCUCGUAUUCCAAAGGUUCAGUCGAUCGUUCAGCAAUCCUUGCCUGACGUGGAGGUCUGUCUCAACAUUUUGCCUGACGAGGCUGGUGUGCUGGGAACUGCAAUCCAAGGAAGCACUCUGGUGGGCUCGUCCUGGAGUACUGCUGAAGCCAACUCAUCGAACAUCGAGAUUUCAGCCUUGCCAAGGGUCUGCUGA